AUGAAGCUUCCCAACGCACCUGAAGGAAAAACCCUAAUGGAAAUGUACACAAAAAACCGAAAGUUAGAACCAGCACCAGUUCAAAUGAUAGCUUCUAUUCAAAUAUCGAUUCUUAAAAUACUUCAAUGGAAUCCAAAUGGAUUCUACUCCAAAUUAGACGAAAUCAAUUUACUAUUAAACAAAUACUGUCCAAUCUCAAUAUGUCUACAAGAAACUAAUUUUAUCAACGACAAGGUCUGCUCCCUAAACAAUUACACAACAUACUACAAAAAUAGAACCAAUGCUGGCAGAGUCAGUGGUGGUGUAGCAAUCUAUGUAAAUUCAAAUUAUCACUCCGAAGAAAUUAUCAUUAAUACCAAUCUAGAAGUGAUCGCAGUAAAUGUUUUAAUCAAAAAUUCAAUAACAAUCUGCAAUUUAUAUCUACCAAACUAUCAAAAUUUUGAGCAAUCCGAUAUUCAAAACAUUAUUAAUCAACUCCCCUCCCCUUAUAUUAUCUUAGGAGACUUCAACAGCCACAGUCCUUUGUGGGGCUGCUCCACUCUAGACUCACGAGGAUCAAAAAUCGAGCAAACACUAUACAGCAACAAUGACCUCAAUAUACUUAACAGUGGCCAAGCUACAAGAGUUAGCGUAAGCACGGGACACUUUACAAUCAUCGACCUUUCAUUCUCAUCAGCUACAAUCACUCCCUACAUAUAUUGGGAUGUCAUACCAGAAUUAUCAAGCAAUCCUAAAGAGAUAACCAACCAAAUAGGACAGUUUUUUUACUCUAACAGUAGUAACACUAGUUUGAAUCCAGACUUUUUGAAAUUUAAAGAAACGAAAGAAUUGAUUACCUUACCGAGCCCCACAACAACAACAAGUCAAGGUUCAAUUCUUAACGAUCCUAUCACAAUGUCAGAACUUAACUCUAGUCUUGAAGGAAAAAUAAGUAACAGUUGUGGACCAGACAACAUACAGUUUUUAUUUUUCCAGAACAUCUCCAUUAAAGAUAAAAUCCUACUCCUUGAAUUGUAUAACAAUGUUUGGUCGUCCGGUAUUAUACCAUCGUUAUGGAAAAAUGCUAUAAAAAAUGCAUUACCCCUAUUCCUAAGAAAGCUUAAUUGGUAUGUACAAAGAUUCAAUUUGUUAUCUCCAAACCAGCACGGAUUUAGGAAAUCGCAUUCCACUUCUGAUUGCUAUGUUAAAAUUGAAACAGAAAUACUAGAAUCUUAUGCCAACAAACAAACCAUGAUUAUUAUUAGUCUAGACCUUCAGAAAGCUUAUGACACAGUCUGGCGACAUAGAGUCUUAAAUAUACUGAGGAAUUGGUACAUUAAUGGGCAAAUGUUACAAUUUAUAACAAGUUUUCUUAAAGAACGUUCUUUCCAAGUAAGAAUUAAUGAACACAUGUCAGAUAAAUUUGAUCUCAAGAACGGAGUCCCACAAGGUUCCCCCCUGAGCAUUCUACUUUUUCAAGCUGCAAUCAACAACCUACCUGAUGAAAUUUCACAUCCUGUCAAAUUAAUUAUGUUUGCCGAUGACACACAUAUUUAUCUCAAAGGAAAAAACAUUAAAUCAAUGACACGUCAACUCCAAGAUUGCCUAAAUGAUCUGUCCAAGUGGUGCUUUCACUCAGGUUUUAUUUUCUCACCAGAAAAAACCAAAUGUAUAAUGUUUACCAAAAAGAAACAAAGUUCAAAACCAAAGUUAUUUUUGGGAAAUACACCCUUACCCUUUGUAAACAACAUAAAAAUUCUAGGUUUGAUUUUUGAUAGCAAGCUUACUUGGAAACCUCAUAUAAGUAAGACCAAAACAACUACAACCAAAAGUAUCAAUAUCAUAAAAACGUCGAGCCACGCUGAAUGGGGAGCUGAAAUUAAUAUAUUAAUCAAAUUAUAUAGAUCUCUCGUUAGGUCCAAAUUAGACUAUGGAUCCAUCUGCUAUACCAAUGCAAACCCCAAUAUUCUUAAAACAAUUGAUAUAAUUCACAACAGCGGUCUAAGAGUUGCAGCUGGAGCAUUUCGAAGCAGCCCUAUUCCAAGUAUAUUAUCUAUCUCUGGAGAACCACCCCUUCACGUUCGUAGAAUCAAAUUAGCUCUAAAUUAUAUUUCUCGCAUCCUAUCCUCCCCAAAAAACUCAACAUUACCAUUUUUAACACAAAAUCGUUUUGCAAAUACAUUUUGUUCCAAUCUCAAUCUAAAAAAACCACUGGAUUUAAGGAUGUUAUAUGAAAUUUCACACAACAAUAUUGAUCCAAAUUUAAUUAUCAAACGAGAAUGCAGUGUGGUACCUCCUUGGAGGGUUCCAACAUUUCUUGUGAACACCAGUCUAGCGGACCAUAGUAAAAAAGAAACGUUAAAUGUUAUAUAUAAAAAUUUAUUCAAUGAAAUCAUGGACUCUUUUCCAUCUAAAUCACAAAUCUAUACAGAUGCCUCCAAAAUAAACUCAGGUGUUGCGAUCGCUAUCAUAAACGGAGAGCAAUCCAUAUCGUACAAAUUACCAGACCAUAACAGUAUAUAUACGGCGGAAUAUUUUGCACUCCUGGAAGGAGUCCACCUAGCCAUUCAACUACCCGAUUCCACCAUUAACAUUUGUACAGAUUCGCUCAGCGCCCUAAACAAUCUGAAAUAUAAUUUACACUCAAGCAUCCUAGCAAUCAUAAUAAGCAACAUCAUUGAAAAAGCCAACAAGAACAUACGGUUCAUAUGGACACCUGGCCAUUGUGGAAUUGAUGGCAACGAGAAAGCUGACAAAGUAGCUCGUGAAGCAGUAAAUAACCCUCUGACCGAAAUACGCACGUACUCCUCACUCAUCGACAUCCAUAGGUAUGUCAACACCUAUUGUACCGAUUUAUGGGAAUCUGAAUGGCGUCGUACACCCAGUAACAAACUGAGAAAAAUAAAAAACACUACCGAAUACUGGCCUAAACCUCAUACAUCAAAUCGCAAAGAUGAAGUUGCUAUCAAUAGAUUACGUAUAGGUCACUCAAAGAUGUCCCAUGGACAUCUUAUGCACAGAGAAGAACCAGCAAUGAUAAAUGGAAUUGUUAACUCUCCACCAGCUAGCGCGGUGGUCGUCCCAUCCGGGUACGGUGCUUGGCGAACUGGUUGGGUAGAGGCAUUGUUCGGCAACCUGUACAGUAUGUAA